AUGACAUCUCGGCGACACACCGUUUGGUUCGUCCCCGGCUCGAGAAGCGCGCAUCUGACGCCUUCGUCAGCGACGUCGGUGCACGCGCGUCGUGAAUCCUUCCUGUACCGGCCGUCAGAAGACACACGCGAUGUCGUUCCACGGCCGGUCAGUCGCGCCAGCUCCAUCGCCUCCAACGACCACGGAAUGAUACGGAGAACGCAAAGCUCUAAUGUCCACUCCAGUAUGAAUGUUGAUCGGCAACAUUCGUAUCCUCCUCGCUCCUCGGAGCUUUCAAAGAGACGUCACAGCUUUUUUCAAAUUGCCGAAGAGAGCGACAUCGCGCCGAGACAUGGCGAUGACCUCAUCGUAACCCCAUUCGCUCAGCUCCUAGCCAGCCUCCGCAAUGUUCGCGCCAACCUCAUAUCCAUCGCGAACAUUCAGACAGCGGAGGACGGUCGUCACGCCAAUAGAACCACGAAGCGCCCUCCACUCCACAAUACACCGUUGCCUGAGAACGUCGUCACAUGCGCUCAGGAAACGCUCGAGGAGUUGGACUGGUGUUUGGAUCAGCUGGAAACCAUUCAAACCCACCGCUCCGUAUCAGAAAUGGCUUCCAGCAAGUUCCGAAAGAUGCUCAACAAAGAGCUCAGCCAUUUUGCUGAGUCCUCAAAAUCCGGUACUCAAGUGUCAAAAUUCCUCAUUACCACUUAUAUGGACAAGGAUGACGACGAUCCAACUAUAGAGAUUGAAGUGCCCGGAGAGGGUCCAUCAACGUCAUCACCACCGCUAUCGAUGGGUCUUCUGAAGAAGGCGCAAACAGCGGCAAUGAACCGUAUUUCGGGAGUUCGAAAACUUCGUGCACCAUCACACGAAGGCCACCUACCUGAAUACGGAGUACCAUGUGCCAUGGAGGUUGCCGUCUAUAUGCAACAGCUGAACGACUGGGGACCGGAUGUGUUCAAGAUCGACGAGCUCUCCAAGAACCAUGCACUUACAGCGAUCACCUAUGCACUGUUCAGGGAAAGAGGAUUGAUUAAGACGUUCGAAAUUCCGUCAUCCGUGUUCGUCACGUAUCUGCUGAACCUCGAACAUCAUUACCGAACCAAUCCCUACCACAACCAUAUACAUGCCGCCGACGUUGCUCAGUCAAUGCAUGUCUUGCUCACUUCUCCAGUGCUCACCGAAGUCUUCUCCGAUCUCGAAGUUAUGGCGGCAAUAUUUGCGGGUGCAAUUCAUGAUGUGGACCACCCGGGCUUCACCAAUCAGUACCUUAUCAAUUCUAAUAAUGAGUUGGCCAUUAUGUAUAAUGACGAAAGUGUGCUCGAACAGCACCAUUUGGCUGUAGCAUUCAAGCUUCUGCAGGACUCCAACUGCGAUUUCCUAUGCAGUCUCUCGAAAAAACAACGGUUACAGUUCCGCAAAAUUGUUAUUGAUAUGGUGCUUGCCACGGAUAUGUCGAAGCAUAUGUCCCUGUUGGCCGACCUGAAAACAAUGGUUGAAGCGAAAAAAGUCGCCGGGAAUAACGUGAUCGUCCUGGACAAGUACAACGACAAAAUACAGGUCCUGCAAUCCAUGAUCCAUUUGGCGGAUUUGUCCAAUCCUACGAAACCUAUUGAACUGUACCGACAGUGGAAUUCACGAAUUUUGGAGGAGUACUGGAGACAAGGUGACCGCGAAAAGGAGUUGGGCAUUGAGGUGUCGCCGAUGUGCGACAGAGGGAAUGUGACUAUUGAAAAAUCUCAGGUUGGCUUCAUUGAUUAUAUAGUGCAUCCGUUGUACGAGACAUGGGCAGACCUCGUGUAUCCGGAUGCGCAGAAUAUUCUCGAUCAACUCGAGGAAAACCGUGAGUGGUAUCAGUCGCGGAUCCCUGAGGAGCCGGAAUCGGCUCGUUCAGAGAACUCGUAG